AUGUCGACCGCCUUUAUCAAAAUCUCUCUCCUUUUUCAAUACCUCCGCAUCUUCGACCGACCAUCCUUUCUUCGAUCGCUUUGCAUCUACCUGAUCAUCUUUGUCAGCUUAUGGGCCACUGCCUACUCGUUUUUGGGAUGGGUUCCCUGCGUGCCAGUCGCAGCGUAUUGGAACUGGACCAUCCCGGCCACACGCUGGGCGUACGGCUCGCUCAAUUCUGAUAUAUUCUCGGGAACAUAUGAGAGCCACUCUUCGGUCAACUUUGCUCUGGACGUUCUGGUGCUCGCCAUUCCGGUUCCUCUCUACUUCAGACCCCAACAGUCGCUCAAGUCGAAGUUGAGACUGCUUGCACUGCUGGUCAUUGGCAUUGCCGUCAACGGCGUCUCAGUCGUCCGAGUAUACUCCAUUAUCCAGCACCGAUCUGCCACCCGCCCGACAUUAGACCCUAUGUGGUACGGUCCCCUCAGCAUCGUCCUAUCCGCUGUCGAAGUCGACCUGGCCAUGGUUGCCAGUAGCGUCCCGAUAUUCUGGCCGGUACUGCGGCAACGAUUCCCCGGUAUCUUCGUCACCAAGGAGGUUGAGGUCACGAGAGAAGUCCGGAGGCUCGAAAGCGUGGAACUCGAGGACGACAUGGAGAUGGAGCCGGAUCGUAGGUCGCGGGUCGGCAGCGAAGCGAGUCUUCGGCAAGAGAACGUUAAUCAAGGAGGAGGAGCGGGCGGACGAUAUAUGGACGAGUUCAUUGUGAACCAGGUUGACCCGCUGAGAAAGGCCAAGAGUACGGUCACAGAGGUCAAGGCCGGCGAUGAGGUUCAGGGAAGUUGGUGGCAGAAGGGUCGGUUUGGUUGA